AUGGCUGCCUUACUCCGCACGGCCGCGGCCCUCGCGCCCCCGCCCUCGUCGCCGCUGUCCGCACGGGAGCCGCGUGGGCGGUGCCUGCGGCUCGCCUGCUCCCGGCGCGCGCCGGCCCGACCGCUCCGGGCGUGGCUGCUGCCGACUCCGCACGUCUUCUGUCGCGACGGGUGCAGGCUCCGGCGCCUGGCCGCCACCGAGGCCGACGAGGCUGCGCAAACGGCGACGCAGGUGAGGGUGGGUGUUCUGGUGGCCGUAGCUCGAGGAUUCAGAAACCGGGUUACUGGAGAUAGUGCUGCAGAUGAUGGUGCUGGAAGCACAGAUGAAACUCCAUCUAUUAUUGUGACAACACUGCAGUCAUACAGAGAAGCACUGAUUAAUGAUGAUGAAGCAAAAGCUGCUGAGAUAGAGUCCUUUUACUUGCCAUCGAGGAUGAGAAAACUCUCUUUUGAACAAAAUCACUGCUCUAAAUGCCGAGCUAGCAACUCAACGAGAACGAAAAGGACAGAAAAUGAGAAGCUUAACAUGAUGGAAAAUGUUCAAGGGGAACUUAUAGAGAGCUUUUUGCCUGUUCUCGACAACUUUGAAAGAGCAAAAAUGCAAAUAAAGGCAAAACCAUUUGAUCCUAUGCUUCAUGAGGCUAUUAUGAGAGAAGAGUCAUCAAAGUACGAAGAGGGGAUCAUUCUCCAGGAAUUCCGAAAAGGUUUCAAACUCGGGGAAAGAUUACUUCGCCCAGCAAUGGUCAAGGUGUCUGCAGGACCAGGUCCUGAAAUGUCUGCAGGACCAGGCCCUGAAGUGUCUAGAGAUGAUGACCCUACAAUUGUUGAAGAUAGUGUGGCACCUCAAAAGGUUGAAGAUGUUGAAGAUGAUGGUUUUGAUGGCGGCGAUGCAGAAUAG